AUGGCCACAACCACCAAGCCCUCAUGCAUGCUCCGACUGACUGAUCAUCACCUUUUUAAGACUACACCGACUUACUCUGAAUCAACUGUUGCUGGAAUUCAGGGUUUACAAAAUGAAGAGUUACUAUCAAAAACCAGUAUCAGACCAUUCGAAGAAAUCCCUGGCCCUUCUGGUAUAUACCAGCUGCCAUAUUUGGGGCUAAUUUUGCAAAUGAGACCAUUCACAAAUUACGCCAAAGACAAUAUGCAGCAAAGAGUUUUAAGUUGGACAAAAACAUAUGGACCAGUUUGUAAACAAAAACUAGGAAAUGACUGGUACGUUUUUCUUACUGAUCCUCGGGACGUUGAAAAGGUGUUCCGAAAUGAUAGAAAGUACCCGUAUCGUGGAAUAUUGCCACUAACCAAAGUGUACACGCAAAGAACUCGAACAAAACCUGGACUGACAGCAUUAAAUAACGAAGAGUGGUUGGCUCUGAGGAAAACUGCACAGAGAGCUAUUUUGAGACGGAAAUCCGUCCAUAAAUAUUUACCCGCCAUAAGUGCAAUAGCCGAUGAUUUUGUCGAUAAAUUCCGUCACAAAGAUCGUAUUGAUAACGUGAUACAUCAUUUAAUGGAAUUCUCAACAGAAGGAGUUGGGAAAAUGUGUUUUGGAGUGCGUCUCGGAUGUAUUUCAUCACCAGAUCAAACGAUCAAGACAGAAACAAUGCAGCACGUAGAAAUGUUUCUGGACUGUUUUGGGAACCAGUUUUACAUAAUGCCAUGGUAUAAACUGUUCAAAACGCCGUUUUAUCGGAAGUAUGCGAAUUCUGCAAACUAUCUUAAAAGACAGACACAGAAAUACAUAACAGAGCACAAGGAACGUAUUCAGUCUGAGAAUACAGAAGAAAUUGAUCCAAGUCUUCUUAGCGACUUGUUACCCGAUCCAAAUAUGACGACUGAGGAUAUUACCAAAACGUUGAUGGAUGUUUUUGUUGGUGGUAUUGAUUCGACAGCAGCAAACAUGACAAUUUUGCUUUACAAUUUGGCAAACAACCCAGAGAAGCAAGACAAACUGUUUGAAGAGCUGGAAAGACAUGUUUCAAAGGCAGGUCCUAUCGAUGGAACCGUUCUUUGCCAACUGAAUUACCUUAAAGCAUGCUUAAAAGAGUCGCUCAGACUGGUAUUUCCUGUUCCGGUUGGUACAGCGAGAAACUUGGAUAAGGAUAUUACAAUAAAAGGCUUCCGAAUACCUGCUUUCACUAACAUUGUGUUUUGCUCUGGAAUCACCUGUCAGGAUAGGCAAUACUUUGAUAAGCCUGAAGCUUUCAUUCCGGAAAGAUGGUUACGCAAUAGUGACGGAUAUUCUCCAACACAUUCAUUUGCUCAUAUUCCAUUUGGUUACGGACCACGGAAGUGUAUUGGACAGACUUUUGCCGAGACUGAGAUUUAUAUCUGCACUGCAAAACUGUUGCGCAAUUUCCGCCUGAUAUUACCAAAGGAAUGCAGUAAAAUAAUCUACAAGGACAAAACAUUUCGAACACCUGUCACUCCAGUAUCUUUUAUCGUUGAAAAUAGAUAACCAAU